AUGUCCUCGCUCAUGGUCUCAGACCAGAACUCUGUCAGUGACGGUCUCUGUUCCGAACCUCUCGGCAAUGAUACCGGUUACGACGAAUGGUUUGAUCAAGUGGGACACGCCUUAUUAACAACCAAUCCUGAUCCGAAUUCCAUUGUUGGCUCAUCGUUGGAUUAUUUGUCUAAUCCCAAGGGACUGACCAUUCAUCCAGCUUCGGAACACACUCCGCAUCGAACGUAUCCCCGAAUGUCCGACUCAAGUACAUGCGGCAGUUCGUGUUCAACAGAAUCGAUGAACCACAGCGGUGGUAAAAGUUUCCAUGACUUAGACACAGCAUCGUCGUCUUCCUCAGAACGCGAUCGACCUGAACCGCUAUUUCCGGAACAGCAGCAGCAGCAACAACAACAACACCCACAAUCGCAACAGAACUUGUCAGCGGUUUUAACUACUACAGCUGCAGUAGUUAGCACUUCCACUGUAACCCUAGUAUCAACACCACCCCCACCCACUCAACAACGUCAACUUCAACCGGUAACAUAUCAACCCGCCCCACCACAUCAAAUGAACCAGCAUCAGCAGCAGCAGCAACAACAACUUCAGCAACAACCCAUAAGUAUGUAUAGUAUCAAUUCAGAUGAAUGGACCACAUCCAUCCCGGACAGUUCAGCUUACGCCACGAAUUAUGGAACGUCCGUCGCUUUUGAUUCUUUUGGUUCAACAAGUCGCAGAGCAGAUAUGGUGCCAACGCAAACUCCAGUUUAUGCUCCGUCUGCAACAGUCACCACGGAUAUGCCCCAGAUGUACACGGAUUACAUGUAUGAUGCACAAAAUUGUUUUUCUAAUUCUGUUUCAAUCAGACAAGAUAUCCCAACCGCGAACACCACCAAUUGNCCAAUUGUGAACUACAACCUUAUCCGCCACGAAGUGAACCAUGUACUCAGCUUUUGA